AUGUGCCCCAAUUCAGAUUGGCAACAAUCAUACUAGCUAGUAUUGACAAAAUAAAUGAAGCUGUUUUCAAAUUGCUUCUUCAAUUCAUUGGCCCAAACUAAAUCCCUCUUUUUAUUUUCCCUCACUUUCCUCAACUGCAGUUCUCUUUUUUCUUUUUUAUAAAGAAAUUAAGUAGUCUUUAAUGAGUGUAAAUAGUACAUGGUACUAAUUAGUAGUAGCUAGUCUCCUUUCAAAGAAAGAGAUGGGAAUCUCAGAAAAUGAUUAUAUAAGAGUAGAGGACUGUACUUGGACCGUUAAGUUGGAGCAGAGAAGCUACCUUUGUGUUGGAAGAGUGAUCCUUUCACUCAGUGCACACAAAACCUAGGGUUUUCAAUUGCUUCCAAAAAAUCCUCAAAUGUUCUCUUCCACCUCAUAUCAUGACUCCAUUAACCCUUUCCCUUCUUCUUUCCCUUCAUCCUCUUACCCUUCUCUUCCUUUUCUCAUUGAUCCUGAAAAUAUCAAUAAUUUUCCUCAGGAUCCACUUGUUUCUCAUCCCUUCAUACAUGAUAGUAACAUCAAUGAUGCUCCAAUAUUCACACAUGACACAACCAAUUUGGCAGUUUCAGUUUCACACUUGCUUGAACAACAGGAUCCACUUGGUGGUAAUAACUAUGCUAGUAGCAUUGUUCCUAAUUUCCUCAGAGCUUCAAAACCUGCAGCUUCUGCUUCUGCAGCUGCAGCCAUGGCUACCACAAAGAAAGACAGGCACAGCAAGAUUCACACAUCUCAGGGGUUAAGGGACCGCCGGGUGAGGCUAUCGAGCGAGAUAGCGCGAAAGUUCUUCGAUCUUCAGGACAUGCUGGAGUUUGACAAGCCAAGCAACACACUUGAGUGGCUCUUCACAAAGUCUGAGAGUGCAAUCCAAGAGCUUGCAAGGAGUAAGAACUGUUCCUGCAGCAGUAACAGUAACAACAACCCUUCAAAUAACAACAAAUCAUUAUUUGGUGGUGGUGAUAAUCAUAAUGGAACUAAUUCCAUCAGAGGGAGGGGCAACAGCAAGUUGAAGUGGACUACACAGAGGGAUCAAGAUGUUUGUGUUCUUCAGAAUAAGAAGGAGUCAAGGGAGAGAGCAAGAGCAAGAGCUAGAGAAAGAACCUGUUACAAGAUGUUGGAAGAUCAAAGAUGCCCUGCAAAUACUACUCAAAUAAUGCAUCAAUUGAGGUCAUCAUCACCUAUUCAGCUUCUUCAACCCUAUCCUCACCUAAUGGAUAAUAGUGAAGCAGUAUCUGGUGGUGGUGGUGGAGAUGGGUUUAAUGUGAUUGAGGAAUCUAUCAUGAUAAAAAGGAACAUGAUGUCUUCUAAUUCUCAUCCCCACGAAAACCAUCACCUUGCAAUCCCUAAUAAGGAAGCAGGUUUCAACAACAACUAUAUUGACUACCCUCUAUUGCAGCCCUAUUCCACUACCCCAAAUUGGGAAAUAGCCACCAUGAACAUGAAUCUCUCUACAUGUUUCAUGAACCAGUGGUAAUUAAAGCUCCAACAAAUCUUUGGAAAUUCUUGGGAGGAGAGCACCUAUCAGAGUCCCACACUAAUUUGCUAGUUUUCGGUAAAAUCUGAUCAGAAUGAAAUCCCCUCUAGUGCUUUUUCCUUGUAAUCAUCACAUCUUCCUGUGUUCUCUAUCAGUAACUUUUUCUGCCCUAGCUGUUUUUCCCAUUUUACAAUGUUUGUACUGAUUCUUGCUGAUAAUCAGCCAAUGGCAUAUCAAAGUUCUCAUAAAGUACUGGAUCUCCAUUCUCCACUUGUUAGCUGCUUUUAGUAUUUUACUUAUUUAAUUGGCUAAUCUUCAAUGGUGAAAGCUCUGAUCUACUAUAUAUUGGUACAAGAACAAAAGAAUGAUCAGGAGCAAACUAAAAUGUUCAGCUUUUUUUUUUCUUUUUGCAUUAUAACCUAAUAGUAGCUGUUGGGCUUUGACUAACUUGUACUAUUUCAGCUCUAAGAAUUUAGCAAGCAUGGAAGCAAGUUAACCACCGCAAUUUUACAGAAGUUCUGAGAUCAAUCAUACAAUGAACUUACCAGGUGGUUUGUUUUGCUUCAACAGAAUUUUGUCUCUGAGUACCAAUUUGAAGUUACAAAGAGCUCCUUAUUCUUGUAGCUUUUCCUAACUAAAUUAAAAAUCAUACACAUUACAAAUUAUAGUUAAUGUUUUGGUGUGUAAUAAGUUAAUUUUUUAAAAUACAAACAUAAACUGAAGAAUUUUUUUAAUUAAAGCAAAAGACCAUUUUACUUAAUAGAUAGAAACUUGGGACUAACCCUCUCAAGUGGAUGAAAUGCACAAAAACCUAAUCCAAUACAACAAAAGCUAUAACACCUUAUGAAGAAUUCACUCCCUGCUGCUAAAAACAGGAAAAAAAGAAACACCAAGACCACAAUAUAUACAAUGCUUGAUAUUCAAAAAGGAAAAUACCUAGAACAAAAUGAAGAACAUUAACUAUUUAUAAUGCCUAUCAAAAAAAAAAUAUUUAUAAUAAUUAUAAAUGAUUAACUGCAAUCAAUUUAUUUUCUUGGAAAGUUCUUUGAGAAAUGCUAGUAACACACUCUUUUAAACACAUUCUUAACCCACUUCAAUGUGAUUGGUUUAAUUUUGAAAAGGCAACACAUUUUUUAAUAAGUGAGAAAUAUGUUGAGUAUCUUAUAAAUAGACCAAUUUCAUUAAAAUGUGUUAAGAGUUUAUUUAAAAGAGUGUCUUGUUGGCAUUCCUCAAUUUUUUUAGGAAAAAAUCUUCAUUUCUUUUCAAAGGUCAUUGAUAAAUUGGUGCAAACCAUUGGAUCACCAUGAUGAUAGAGCCAAUGCAUAGCUGCUGUAUCUAUGCUUAUAAAAAAACACAGGGAGAAGAGUUUAUUGGUGAUAUUAUCCAUUAUUACUUUGUGUUAUUUAGUCUUGAACAUGAGGAUACAGUUUGGAUACACACUUAAGAGCACUUUUUGGACCUCAUUCAUUGUACUUUCUAAUAUAUAUGUUCCAAUAAGUGCGCUCUUUGAUUUGUAUCCAAACAAUCUCUAAUUCCAAUCGUUGUAAAUUAUCCAUGUCAAAGCUCUUUCACUAAAACAUAAAUUAAGUUGCAAGCCUACAUGUGGCCUUUUAUAUGGUAACUAUGUAUGCAAGUAUAACUAUGUAUUCAUUUCUCUCAUAUAGUGAUGUUGUUUGGAGGGAUCUUUUGUGUUAGAGUCAAAUGAGCAGAUAUGUUUCCCAUUUGAUUCGCCAUUAUGUUAUUUGUAUUCCUGGGGUGUUUGAGAUCAAUUGGGCGCCAUAUCCAAUUGAGAAGGAUUAUUUAUCAAUUUAUUGAAUAAAUUGUUUUGCUUUCGAAAAAAAAUUUCAUUACUAUGUAUACAAUCUAUAGUACAACAGCUCAUUUCUCUAUUUUGUACAGUUUCUAUUUUCCAAUUCCCUUUUUCCCCAAUCUUUAUAUUAGGGUUGAUUAUUCUACAAGAAAUGGACCUUGGAUCAGGAGAAUACUGAUGUUCUGUUGGAGCAUGUCUAGUUAAUAUUACUACAUGCACAAUUUCUGAGAAGUCAUAGUGUAGUAAUUGAUGAACUGAUCGUUGCAGUUUAUGAAGUUUCAUUUCUUGAUGUAUAUAUCAAAGAGUUAUUACCACUAGCAGAUCAGUAUACAUUUCUUUUGUCGGGAAUCUAAUAAAACUUGUUGCUUUUAGUAGGUAUGAAAGAUGAUGUUUAGGAUGAAGAUGAUGAUAUUUAAUUAAAGCUUGUAUGUUGUUGGGCUUUUACAGUUUUUUAUUUAUUUUGUAGACGUAUUUGAUCUCUAAUGUACUUCCUCCGUUCCAUAAAUAUUGUUGUUUUGGGCGCUCUUUCAAUAUUUCAAAAUGUUUGUUGUUUUAGUUGGUACAACUUAUAUUCAAUUUUAUUUGUAUAUUAUUGUUUUGUUGGCUUUCAAAAAAAGUUGAUGACCACCACUUGAACUUAUGACAUCUAUGUCAAUUCUAUACUCAUCACUUGAGCCAAAUGACCAGGUGAUGAAAAUCCAGUACAAUUUUAUGUGUAUAUAUGCCUUCCAGGGCAAACUGGUGUUUAAAUAAGAUCAAUAUUGUUACAAGAGAAAGUUUAUCUUGAGUUUGAGUGUUGAAUCUGGUCUUUAUGCCACAGCUUACAGGGUUGGCAAACCAAGCUUUCCAUGAUUCUUGGUAGUGGUUCAGGACCAGAAAUAAGCUUCUUCGUUAUCCUUUGUCAUGCUAGGAGUCUAAUCCAGCUUGUUGUUUAAAUAAUGGUGCCAUGUAAGUGACAUGGUGGGCAAGUUGUUCUUAACUUUGUUCCUUUUUGCUUCUUUAUUUUGGAUACACCUUCUCCUCAUUCUUCAAUUAUGAAUAAAUUGUUUUGGCCAAUAAAAACAAACUGAAAUUAUGGUUUCAAUGGAAUAAUGUCUUCUUGAACCUAGAGCUUCAAGAGAACUGAUUUCAGAGAAACAGAAGGGAUGACAUUCAUGAUCAUAAGCAAGCAAGCACACAAAAGAAUGUUGGAUGUGUUUGAUUUGAGUUUCUUCAUUUUGAUAGAAUACCUAUUAGGGUCUGUACAUAUGUUGAUGUUAUUUUCAUGGAGGGCACGAUAAUCUAUGAUGCCCUAGCUAACUAUUAUUUGAAGAAUGAAAAUGGAAGUAUAUCAAGGGUUUACAACAAUAUAACCUACAACUGACCUAUGAUUUUGUUACAGUAGGCUUGUCUUAUAAUCAUGUUAUGUGUUUGUUCUGAUGUUAUCUGCUGCCAACUUGUAGGAUGGUUUGUAGACUCUCUUAUUGCAUUUGAGGCUGUCUAUUACAGGGUGUUUUUUUAGCAGUAGGGGGUGGGUCACUAUGUUUUUGUUGGGGUGCAUCUAUGCUUACAUCUUUAGCUUGUUUCUCUUUUAUAUGGGUUGAAGUACGCUUGUGUUUUCUUAAUAACUUUGGCUUAUUUAUGUUAUAUGUGUUUGUUCUUAUUCUGGUGGUGGGUUAGGGUUUUUUGCUGGCUUGUUAUCAAGGGUUGCAGCAAUAUAACCUGCAAGUGGAGACCCAGCUCUACUGUCACUUUUGGUUCUUAACCCAUGUGCAAAUUAGCAUUUAAAUUUUACAGUACAUGUAAAUCAGGCUGGUUCAACUGAUAAGAUAGAAAUGAGGUUGUUAAAAAAGUUUUUGAUUCCUAUAGUCAAUAUAAAUAUCAUUAAGAAGGUGUUGAUGUUUGGCUCUUGAGAAGGUGCUGUUAAUGCAUAUUGGAUUAUUGUGUAUUUGGUUAUAGCACCAUUUGUGCUAUGUUAAAUAUAUUUUCUCUUUGGCUUUAAAAGAAAAUGAAUAUCAUCAAGAAAAUGUUUGGUGAAGAAUGACAUGAUGCAGACAUUUAGAGUGAGAUAGGAAAAAAAAAAAGAUAAGUGAUAUAUAUGAUAUGUGAUGUGAUGUGAGAGAAAGUGAGAUAAUUAAAAAAAGAAAAAUCAACCCAUGAAGUCAGUCUUAGCAUAUGCAUAUCCCAAACUAGACCAUAAU